AUGGCCGAGACCGCCCCAAAGCGUGCUCUGCUAACGGGAAUCACAGGACAGGAUGGUGCGUACCUAUGUGAGCUUCUGCUCACGAAAGGCUACGAGGUGCAUGGCAUCAAGCGCCGCAGCUCUCAGCUCAACACCCAGCGGAUUGAUAAGUUCUAUGAGGAGCCUCAGUUCCGUAAGCGGCUGGUGCUGCAUUACGGUGAUCUGAGCGACAGCACCUGCCUCGUGCGCAUCGUUCAGCUCGUGCAGCCGGACGAGAUCUACAACCUCGGUGCCCAAAGCCAUGUCGCUGUGUCGUUCGAAAGCCCAGAGUACACAGCCGAUGUCGACGGCAUCGGCGCGCUGCGCCUGCUGGACGCCAUCCGCAUCUGUGGCCUCGAGAAGAAGACCAAGUUCUACCAGGCCUCCACGUCGGAGCUCUACGGCAAGGUGCAGGAGGUGCCGCAGCGCAUCACGACGCCCUUCUACCCGCGGUCGCCGUACGCGGUCGCCAAGCUGUACGCUUUUUGGAUCACCGUGAAUUACCGCGAGGCCUAUGGCAUUUUCGCCUGCAACGGCGUGCUCUUCAACCACGAGUCCCCGCUGCGCGGCGAGACGUUCGUCACGCGCAAGAUCACGCGCGCCCUCGCCCGCAUCAAGGUGGGCCUGCAGCAGUGCCUGUACCUCGGGAACCUCGACGCCAGGCGCGACUGGGGCCACGCGCGGGACUAUGUCGAGAUGCAGUGGCUCAUGCUGCAGCAGGAGGAGCCCCGCGAUUACGUGAUCGCCACGGGCAACCAGUACUCAGUGAAGGAGUUUGUGCAGCUGGCGUGCGAGAUGCUGGGCAUUACGAUCGAGUGGACCGGGGAGGGCGCGGAGGCCAAGGGCAUCGACAAGGCCACGGGCAAGGUCAUCGUCGCAGUGGACCCCCGCUACUUCCGCCCCACCGAGGUGGAGACGCUGCUGGGCGACCCCAGCGAAGCUGAGGAGAAGCUGGGCUGGAAGCCAAAGACCACCUUCAACGAGCUGGUGAGGGAGAUGGUGGAGGAGGACCUGGUGCUGGCGCGGCGCGACCAGCACUCUGUGGGCGGCGGGUUCCAGUCGUACACCUCGACCUCGCUCUGA